CUGCGGAGCCAGAGUGGCCAGGAUCCCUCGCAGCUCCGACGCGGAGAUCCGCACACGCUCCAACCCCUCCGCCAUCUUCGCGGCUGCUGCUACAGCUGCAGAUGCUCCGCCACCGCCGCGCGCAGCCAGGAAACCACGACCGACGGGCGGUGCGCGCGCUCACCCACCUCCCACCCUUUCCCCCGCCUCCUCCUUCCUUCCCUCCCCAACGACGGUGGCCGCACUGGGAGGAAAAGCGCUGAACGCACGUUCGCGAGGGGCAGUGCCGGAGCGCGAGCCUGGACGGGAGAGACGGGCGUUGCGCGUGCGCAGAGGUGUAGCCGGGGAAGGUGCGCUGUGGCUGGAGUCGGAGGCGCGGCGCGGGUGAGUGUUUUAAAUGGCCUCACACCCUUGGCCACUGGUCCUGGGCCAAGGUAGGCCAGAGUUCUCACCCAGAAUUUUUUGAACUGAAACUGAGAAAGAAAAAUUCCUCUCCAGUAUGGAAGCCAUAAAAUGUAAAACACAGGAGCUAUCAGCAGCCAUGUAUCCUGCCUUAUGAAACCAGCUGGUCUGCAAUGAAAAAGAAACGGACGUGCAGAAAGCAGCAGAGAACCAUGUGUGCUCAAUACUGCAUCUCCUUUGCUGAUGUUGAAAAAGCUCACAUCAACAUUCGAGAUUUUAUCCACCUCACACCGGUGCUAACAAGCUCCAGUUUGAAUCGAGUAACGGGGCGCAAUCUUUUUUUCAAAUGUGAACUCUUCCAGAAAACUGGAUCUUUUAAGAUUCGUGGUGCUCUUAAUGCCAUCAGAAGCUUGGUUCCUGCCGCUUUAGAAGGGAAGCCGAAAGCUGUUGUUACUCACAGCAGUGGAAACCAUGGACAGGCUCUAACAUACGCUGCAAAAUUGGAAGGGAUUCCUGCUUACAUUGUGGUGCCCCGAACAGCUCCCAAUUGUAAAAAACUGGCAAUACAAGCCUAUGGAGCAUCUAUAGUAUACAGUGAACACAGUGACGAGUCCAGAGAAAAUGUUACAAAGAGAGUUAUGGAAGAAACAGAAAGCAUCAUGGUACAUCCCAACCAGGAGCCUGCAGUGAUAGCUGGGCAAGGAACAAUUGCCCUAGAAGUGCUGAACCAGGUUCCCUUGGUGGAUGCACUGGUGGUACCUGUAGGGGGAGGAGGAAUGGUUGCUGGAAUAGCAAUUACAGUAAAGGCUCUGAGACCUAGUGUAAAGGUAUAUGCUGCUGAACCCUUGAAUGCAGACGACUGCUACCAAUCCAAACUGAAAGGGGAACUGACCCCCAACCCAUAUCCUCCAGAAACCAUAGCAGAUGGUGUCAAACCCAGCAUCGGCAUUAACACCUGGCCUAUUAUAAGGGACCUUGUAGAUGAUGUCUUCACUGUCACAGAGGAUGAAAUUAAGCAUGCAACCCAGCUGGUGUGGGAGAGGAUGAAACUACUCAUUGAACCUACAGCUGGUGUUGGAGUAGCUGCUGUGCUGUCUGAGCAUUUUCAAACAGUAUCCCCAGAAGUAAAGAACAUUUGUAUUGUACUGAGUGGUGGAAAUGUAGACUUAACCUCCCUAACUUGGGUAAAGCAGGCUGAAAACCCAGCUCCUUUCCAAUCUGUUUCUGUUUAAUUUAUGCAAAAGGAAAAGAUUCAGUGUCUGUA